AUGGCGGAACCAAAAUUAAACAUCAUCAUUGUCGGCUCCGGCUUAGCAGGCCUAGCGGCCGCCAGUACUCUUCGAGAACACCACAAUGUCACCGUCUACGAGCGUGGCAGCCAAGACGUCGCGACCGGUGGACAAGGUCUAUCCAUAUAUCCCAAUGCCGAGAAAAUACUCAAGACCGUAGGAUUCAGCGCUGAUCGCGCUGGUGCCGUCGGUUGCCAAGGGUACCGCUCAUUUGACAAGAGCGGCAAGAUGUUUGAUGAUUUCCCAAUCGACUUCCACGCUCGAUAUGGAGGCGAUAUGUUGCUCAUGAAGCGGUCUGAUUUCAGAGCCGAGCUUUUACGUCUCGCGACAGCCCCGGCCCAGGAGACAGAUGGUGUCCGUGGCGAGCCUGCGAAGAUUUUUUUCAACACUCCCGUGGUUGAUUUGGACCCAGAGUCAGCAACUAUCACCUUGAAAGACGGCUCCACUGUCCAAGGCGAUGUGGUGGUUGUUGCCGACGGCGUCCACUCGGCUUUACGCCAUCGGAUCACGGGCGACAAGGCUCACGCCCCAAAGAAGACAGGACUUACCCUUUUCCGUCUUGCUGCUUCGAUUGAGGAUAUGAAGCGAGUCUUGGGUGACUCCUCAGAUUGGCUGCCUCCGCCAGAGGAUGACAGCCGCCUCAACUUUGUGCUAGCUGGGGACAACACCAACCGUGUCGUCGUUCAUUAUCCAAUGCAACAUCACAACUACAGGAACUUCUCUUGCCUUUUUCUCAUGCCUGACAGUAGAGCGAAUGUCGCGGAGUCAUGGUAUGCAGACGGAGAGAAGGAAGAGAUGUUGGAGGUCUACAAGGACUUUCCCGAAGAGAUCCUUAAGAUCAUGAGUGUGGCCACGGAACUCAAAAUCUGGGAUCUCCAGGAUAUGGACCCGCUCCCAAACUGGAACCGUGGGCGGUCCAUCCUCAUUGGCGAUGCAGCUCACGCCAUGACCCCUCUUCAAGGUCAAGGUGCGAACUUGGCCGUGGAAGAUGCACAGGGUCUUCAACUUCUGCGCCCCGGAAUGUCCCACGAGGCAAUCGCAUCAGUGCUGCAGACAAUCGACAAAGUUCGGCGACCACGCGCGACAAGAAUUCUCCUUGACACUCGUAAACAAGCCAGGAAUGCUACGAUGGAGGAGAGGUUGUCAAAGCUGGACUUCAAUUGCAGUUACAAAUCCAUCCAUGAGGUCCUCAAGGCCGACACUUCGGGAGGAAACUGA